GAGAAAAAAAUCUGCAGACGAGCAAAAGCUGCACAAGCAGACGGACUGAGAGCAACAACCACUGCAUAGCAGCUUUAUUUUCCACACCUAAAAGAGCGUUUUGGUUGCCAAAAUGGGUUCUCCGACGAUACUUGGCUGUCGUCGGUUUAUUUUCAAAGUUGUUUUGCUUCAGUUCAUCGCCUUUCAAGCAACAAAUGCUCGUCCAUCUCCUAUAAUCAGGUUUCCCGGAGACGACUCCCCGAGAACAGACAAAGAAGUUGCUUUGCACUAUCUGAAUAAGUUUUAUGGAUGCCCACAAGACAGAUGCAACCUUAUGGUGCUUAAAGACACUUUGAAGAAAAUGCAAAAGUUUUUCUCCCUGCAAGAAACUGGAGAAAUAGAUGUCAAAACGGUGGAGAUUAUGAAAAAGCCCCGCUGCGGUGUUCCAGAUGUGGCCAAUUAUAACUUCUUCCACAGGAGACCCAAGUGGCAGAAGAAGGACAUUACCUACAGAAUCCUGGGCUACACUCCUGAUCUGGAUGAGGAAACCAUAAAUGAUGCUUUCUACAGAGCCUUCAAAGUGUGGAGUGAUGUCACACCACUUUCUUUUACUCGCAUUAUGGAUGGAGAGGCUGACAUCAUGGUUAAUUUUGGGCGCAAUGAACAUGGAGACGGUUAUCCAUUUGAUGGGAAAGAUGGCCUCCUGGCUCAUGCCUUUGCACCGGGACCAGGGAUUGGGGGAGAUUCCCAUUUCGAUGAUGAUGAGCAAUGGACUUUAGGAGAGGGCCAAGUGGUGAAAGUGAAGUUUGGCAAUGCUGAAGGAGAGUUCUGUAAGUUCCCUUUUCUGUUCAUGGGCACCGAGUACAACACCUGUACAUCUCAGGGACGAGAUGAUGGAUUCCUGUGGUGCUCCACCACCUACAACUUUGAUGAAGAUGGCAAAUAUGGCUUCUGCCCUCACGAGUUACUUUUUACCCUUGGUGGUAACGGAGACGGCGCGCCUUGUAAAUUCCCCUUCAACUUUCAGGGGGAAAGCUAUGACAGCUGCACCACUGAGGGUCGGGAUGAUGGAUAUCGCUGGUGUGCCACCACUGACGACUAUGACCGGGACAAGUCCUACGGCUUCUGCCCUGAAACGGCAAUGUCUACAGUGGGAGGAAAUGCAGAGGGAAGCCCCUGCGUCUUUCCUUUCACCUUUCUUGGAGACAGCUAUGAUUCCUGCACUACCUCUGGACGCAGUGAUGGGAAGAGAUGGUGUGCGACCACUAAGAAUUAUGACGAUGACCGGAAAUGGGGCUUCUGUCCUGACCAAGGCUAUAGCUUGUUCCUAGUGGCCGCCCAUGAAUUUGGUCACGCCCUUGGUUUGGAGCAUUCUCAGGACCCAGGAGCUCUGAUGGCUCCCAUCUAUACUUUUACUAAAGACUUCAGACUUUCUCAUGACGAUAUCCAAGGCAUCCAAGAGCUCUAUGGUGUGCCCACCGACAAGCCUUUGCCGCCAACCCAGGGUCCGGUCACUCCAAUGGACAUUUGUAAAGAUCCUGUUGUUUUUGAUGCUGUUGCACAAAUCAGAGGAGAAACCUUUUUCUUCAAAGACAGGUUCCUGUUCAGGUCAGUCAACUUCAGAAGCAAACCCACUGGCCCUAUGCUGGUGGCCACCUACUGGCCUGACCUGCCUGCAAAGAUAGAUGCUGCCUAUGAAAACCCAGUGGAGGAGAAAACAGUCUUCUUCUCAGGUGAUGAGAUGUGGAUUUACAGAGCCGACGAGCUGGAAAGAGGUUACCCGAAAAGGCUCUCCAGCCUCGGCCUCCCAUCAGACGUCCAGCAGAUCGAUGCUGCCUUCAACUUUAGGAAGAACAGGAAGACUUACUUGUUUUCUGGGGACAAAUUCUGGAGAUAUGAUGAAAAUACCAAGACGAUGGAUCCUGGCUUCCCUAAAUUUAUCGCUGACUCCUGGAAUGGCAUUCCCGAUGCCAUUGACUCUGCUUUUAGUCUCAGUGGAAUUGAUUACAGCUAUUUCUUCAAAGGAAACCACUAUUUCAAACUAGAGGACAGCAGUUUGAAGAUCGUUAAGUUGGGAGAAAUCACAAAGGACUGGCUUGGCUGCUGAACAUUGACCCUAAAUGUUUCAGGCUGCAGGUGAUGAUGGUCUUGCUAGGUCAUCAAUGUUUAUCGCACACAAUUUGAGGUUGCUGCAGUGCACACUGUUAUUUUUUUUUUAAUCCUGGCAACUCUGUUCGCUUCUGUUGGACACAUGUACCUCCAGCCUGUAUAACCAGUCUCAGCCUGAGUAGAAUGGCAAUUCAAGACCUUCUAUACGGGCUAAAUGUAUGCAACUGGUAAUUUGCUUUGUUUCUGUGUGAUUUUUAAUUUUACAACUGCAAUGCAAUUUAAAAAAUAUAUAAAUAUGAAUCCCUGUUUUAUCAUAUUUUUAAGGAA